AUGGGCCAUGUCGCACAGUUUCUCGACGUGUCCAUCUUCACCGGACACCUGAUGUUGGGAUAUUGUGAGCCAGCAUACAGGAAGGAGUUUCCCAGCAACAACUUCUGGCUUCUGACUGUCUUGUGGUCAAUCUGGAACGUGCUGUCACACCCGUUUUGGCGAGACAACGUCGUUGAUUUUUUCGUGGUUUGGCCGCAGGAGCUUCACACGAUCUUGAACAUCGCUGCUAUUGUGGUGUGUUCUGCCACGCAGAUCAUGCCGUCAUGGAGGCACCUGGCAUGUAUGGUGAUGGGCGAGUUCUUCCUGAGCUUAGCACUUUCAGCUGCGGAGGUGCUGAGUGCUUUUGUGGAAGCGCUGGAUCCAACAGCACUCGAUUCGCCGACCGUGCGCUUUGAUUUAGUCAUCUUCAACAUUGCCAUCUUGAUCAUCGGCUCGACCAUUGUGUUGGGCGCGUUGAACCCUGAAAAGGACAUGAAGAGCAACGACAGUGAGGCACUGCCACUUACGUCUGCACUUCAUUCCCAGGCCUUUGAGGACGACUUAGAGCGAAGGAAGCGAGCGGUGUUGACGGCUCUUUGCGACACGGUCCUGACAACCAACGCCUACUUUGCUAUCUCCUCCAGCAACGAAAGCGCGGACAGGCUGUUCAAGAGGCCAAUGCUGCAUGAGAUCUUUACAGACUACCUGAAAGACUCGGCAGAAAAGGCAAAAUUUCUGUCCUCCAUGAAGAAGCAGUUUCCCGAGGAUGAUUCUUUAAGCGACGGUCCAAAGCGGCUGAGAGUUACCAUGCGCGAUGCGCAUGGAAAGCUUUUUGAAACUGACGUAGUGGUCUCGGAUGCCAGUACGGAUCUGAGGACUGGGAAAGCUUCCAAGCUGAUGGUGGCUAUGCACAUUCGUCCAGAGUAUCGAUCACAAGUUCUGGCAGAGGCUGCUAAACUGCGUCCAAGCCGAUGGCGGGGUGAUGCAGGUGCAGAGACAUCGCAGCCAAAUACAAUGAUGGCUGGCCUUGCUGGUCUGGCAGGUGAUCUGCAGUCAAUGGGCAUGGCCAUUGAGUCAGUCCAGGUAGACUCGGCGAGGGCAGCUCCGCCACAGCUCAAAGGAAUUGAGGAGCAGCAGCGCCUCUUCCACAGAGAUUUCAGUCAGGAGCUGCUGAGCAUUUACCGGGACUUGUUGCGAAGUGACUCGACUGGCAAGCAAGCAGGCUCAGCUGUGAGAUCUGCGGCCUCAAAGUCAGGACCGCCGCGGAUACGUUUGCACCGAGCAAACUACGAGUCAUUCCGUCGCCGAACCUCGUUUGCCGCGGGUCUGGGAGAACAGCAGGUUGACCUGAGAAGCCUGUCGCUUUCAGAUGCAGAGAUAAGAUAG